UGUUAUGUUGGUAACUUUACUAGCAUCAUAUCAAAAAAGUGAAUUUGCUUAUGUUUAUUAUUAUAAGUAAUGUUUGUUUUAAAACCAAAUUCAAAAUCUCUUUUACAAUUAAAAAAUAAUAAUAAUAAAAAUAAACAUUAAGAAUUAAAUUAUAGAAUAAUUUAAUAGCUUCUUAAAUAUUUUGGAAUGCAGGAUAUGUCAUGCGUAUCCGAUAGUUACUUUCUUCAAAUAUAUAGAUUUUCUUAGUAAAAGUUAAUAUUUUCUUGUAAAAACAAAAUAUAUAAAUAAACAUUUUUAUAGAAAUGAAGACAGCUUUGAUGGUGGCUGAAAAGCCAUCAUUGGCAGCUUCGUUAGCCAAUAUUUUAAGUAACGGUCGAUGCACUUCACGAAAAGGUUUAAAUGGAUCGUGUUCAGUGCACGAAUGGAUAGGACAAUUUAGAUCAGAAACUGUAAACUUUAAAAUGACUUCUGUAUUUGGUCAUGUCAUGACAUUAGAUUUUAUUGGAAAGUAUAAUAAUUGGGACAAAGUUGAUCCUGCAGAGUUAUUUUCUUGUCCAACUGAAAAAAAAGAAGCAGUUCCUAGAUUAAAAAUACCAUACUUUUUAGCUAAGGAAGGAGCACAUUGUGAUUAUUUAGUUCUAUGGCUUGAUUGUGACAAAGAAGGUGAAAAUAUUUGUUUUGAAGUUAUAUAUGCAGUUCAGCAAGGAAUGAAUAAAAGAUUAAAUCCAAAUGAUAUUUGGAGGGCAAGAUUUUCUGCUAUUACAGAAAAGGAUAUAAAAUCUGCAUUAGUAAAUUUAAUAAAACCAAAUGAAAAUGAAGCAAAAAGUGUUGAUGCUCGUCAAGAAUUGGAUUUACGAAUUGGUUGUGCUUUCACAAGAUUCCAAACAAAAUUUUUUCAGGGUAAAUAUGGAGAUUUAGAUGUAUCUCUAAUUUCUUAUGGUCCUUGUCAAACACCAACAUUAGGAUUUUGUGUGCAAAGACAUGAUGAAAUUCAAACAUUCAAGCCAGAUCCUUAUUGGGUUUUACAGGUUACAGUUAAAUCUUCUGAUGGUCAAGACAUUAUUUUGAACUGGACUCGUGUGCGAUCUUUUGACAAGGAGAUAGCAAAUAUGUUUCUAAGUCAUGUAAAAGAAUAUGAUCAAGCAACGAUCAUAAGUGUAGAAAAUACAGAAAAAACAAAAUCGCGACCUAUAGCUUUAAAUACGGUAGAGUUAAUGAGAGUGGCAAGUUCAGGUUUAGGAAUGGGUCCUCAUCAUGCUAUGCAGAUUGCAGAACGUCUUUAUACUCAAGGAUAUAUAAGUUAUCCUCGAACUGAAACAACAUUAUAUCCAGAAAAUUUCGAUUUACUUGCAGCAUUAAAACAACAACAGAAUAAUCCUGAUUGGGGAGAUCAAGUUCGUAAGAUAUUAACUACUGGCAUUAAUAGACCAAAAAAAGGAUGCAAUGUUGGAGAUCAUCCUCCUAUUACUCCAAUGAAACAUGCUACACGAAAUGAACUCGAUGGGGAUACAUGGAGAUUAUAUGAUUACAUAACUCGACACUUUAUUGCAACGCUGGCUCACGACUGUAAAUAUUUGAGUACUACAAUUAAAUUUGAAAUAGGAAUGGAAAUAUUCACAGCAAAUGGUCAUAGUUUAUUAGAUCCUGGAUAUACUAGCAUACUCACAUGGCAAGCACUUGGAAGUAAUGAUAAUUUACCAAGAUUCACACCGGGUGAAAAAGUCAACAUACAAGAGAUAAAGUUAGUUGAAUGUUAUACACAACCUCCAGAUUAUUUGACAGAAUCUGAAUUAAUAUCUCUUAUGGAGAAACAUGGUAUUGGAACUGAUGCCUCUAUUCCAGUACACAUAAAUAAUAUAUGUAUGCGAAAUUAUGUUAAUGUAGCAACUGGUAGAAAAUUAGUACCUACUUCUUUAGGAAUUGUGUUAGUUCAUGGAUAUCAAAAGAUAGAUCCUGAAUUAGUUCUACCUACAAUGAGAUCUGCAGUAGAAGAACAAUUAAAUUUAAUAGCUCUAGGUCGAGCAGAUUUUCAUGCUGUGUUACAACAUACAGUUGAAAUUUUCAAACAAAAAUUUCAUUAUUUUGUAAAAAAUAUAGAAGCAAUGGAUCAAUUAUUUGAAGUUUCCUUUUCUCCUCUUUCUGCGUCGGGAAAAGCACAUUCUAGAUGUGGAAAAUGUCGACGCUACAUGAAAUAUAUACAAACAAAGCCAUCUAGAAUGCAUUGCGCACACUGUAACGAAACGUAUAAUCUUCCACAGAAUGGAAAUAUUCGAAUUUAUAAGGAAUUGAAAUGUCCAUUAGAUGAUUUCGAAUUAUUAUCAUGGUCUACUGGAGCACGAGGAAAAAGUUUCACAUUCUGUCCAUAUUGUUACAAUAAUCCUCCAUUUAGAGAUAUGAAAAAAGGAAUAAGUGGUUGCAAUUCUUGUACACAUCCGACCUGUCCACAUGGCAUGAAUUCUAAUGGUAUAUCGAGUUGUCUAGAAUGUAAUGCUGGUAUACUCGUCCUUGAUCCUUCAGCUGCACCUAAAUGGAAACUUGGAUGUAAUCGUUGUGAUGUUAUUAUUCAUUUAUUCGAAAAUGCUCAUAAAGUGACAGUCGAUACAGAAGUGUGCGAGUGCGGAGCUCAAUUAGUUACUGUAGAAUAUAAACAGGAAAAAAGUAAGUUACCUAAUGAAAGUACGGAAAUGACUGGUUGCGUCUUUUGUACUCCAGCUUUCAUGGCGCUUGUGGAAAAGCAUCGUGCAGUUGCUUCGAAACCGGUUACAACUCGUAGUCGUGGCCACGCAAAAGGUCGCAGCCGAGGUAAACCUCGUCCUCCAAAAGAUAAAAUGGCACAAUUAGCUGCGUAUUUUGUAUAAAUAAUUCUAUUUGUAAAUGAAGUACAUAGAUGUUAUAAUUUUUUUCCUAUUUACAUUUUGACAUUUUCGCUAUUACAUAAUCUUAAAAAUAAAUCGAAAUGUAUUCAUUAUCUCAAAAAUUCACACGUAUAUUAAGUUAUUUUUUUUAUAAUAUAAUCAAUUAUAUUUUUCUCAACUUAUCAAUAAUAGUAUCGAAUUAGUUAAAAAAUUAUGAAAGUUAAUAUUUAUGUUUAAAAAAUAUAUAUAUCUAUAUGUAUUAUUGAUUAUUAUAAAUCUUUUAAAAAUUGUAAAUGAAAGAAAUCUAACUGGAAUUAUCAAUUGA